AUGGCGGAUAAGGGACUGAAGAAAUGUUAUGUUUGCUGCCAGUGGAUCCCGGCGGAUGUUGCGGUAUUGGCCGUCAGAAGAUACAUGUGUCCGCAGCAUCUGACGUGCAACCGUUGCAACAUCGUGCUGCCGAAUGACGUCUGGACAAUUGGUCCGAGUCCUUUCUGUCAAGAGUGCUAUCAGGUUCUGCGGCAAAAAAUCACUUGUGUCAGUUGCAAGGCGACCAUCGAAAAAAAGGCCUUUCACGAACUGGGUGGCUUCUGGCACAAAAGCUGCUUCGUUUGCCAGAUCUGCAGAAAGGGCUUUCCGAACAACAAGUAUUACCCGGUCAUGAACAAGCCGUACUGUAGCCAACACGCCAAGGAGCUCAUGCGGGAAUCGUCGAAACAGCAAAAGCCUUCUAACGAUUUCUUUGUUUGA